GGCAAGCUCGACGGUACAAAACUAUGCAUAUUUUCUUGUCUACUCAACAUAAAUACCAAAUGCAUAUCAUGUUUCUUAAAUUAGCGCAGGUUGAAUAUUGUAAGUGCAAGAGCUCUUGUAGCGUGAAGCGAAAACCGAAUACGAAUCGAGGAUGCCCUUGCAAAGGUUCAAAUAUGGAUUGCUCUGUAGCGUGCAAAUGCGGCACUCGUGCUAAACCUUGCAAGAAUAAGAAAGCGGCAGCAAACUAUGAAGGUGAAAGUCGGGGGAAACCAACGAACAGUAAAGUUAGACGUAUGAAUCAGCAAGGGUUUCGCCUCACUCACGAGCCAAGAGAGACAGAGGAAAUACAAAGAGAAAAAGAAAAUAAGGAUGUAAAGGACUUUGUAGCCACACUGGAUGAAGAUAUGGUUCGAAAAUUGGCUAUUCGCAGUCUUAGACGAGGCAUCGGAAGCAUGGAUAUAUUCAUACAUUGCUUAUUAUGGAUGAUGAUCUUGUGGAAGAGGAUGAAGACAUGGGUGAAUUUGGAGCACAGUCUGAAGAGGAAACUGAGCAACCAAAUACUCCUGAUCUGCCUCAAAACCAACCCUCUGCACAAGGGCCAGAUUGGUGCAAAUGUGGAUAUUGUCAACCCAUGCCACAAGAAAUCGAAAAUCGAUGUUGUAAACUAAAGAGCUGCAUAUCGUUGACAUCA